AUGUAUAAUAGAAUGGUUAAUGAUAGUGAUGUUGUUAAGGUAUAUCAAUAUGACAUGGAAACGAAGAGUAUAAUGCACAUAUAUGUUGAGCAUAAAGGUAAUGUUCAAGAAGAUGGAGUCGAUGGUGUUCAAGAAGGUGAAGUAGGUAAUGUUCAACAAGAUGAUGCAGAUGAUGUUCAACAAGAUAAUGUAGGUGAUGUUCAAGAAGAUGAAGUAGGUGAUGUUCAUACAGAUGAUGCAGAUGAAAAUGAGGAUAAUGGUAGUGGUGAGGAUAUUUACUUUGAAGUUGAUGGUUUAUCAUUUGAUGAUAGUGAGGACGAGAGAGCUAUUGGGUUAGAUGAUUGCUUUGAAGACCAAGACAGAAGUAGUGGAGUAAAAGUUGUAGCAAUGAAGGACAAGCUCACUCCAAAGAAAGUUCCAUACAAGUUCAUCUAG